AUGGCCGAAAAAGACAUCGAGAAGCCCUCGCACAUCGAGAGCCCUAUCACCGAAAUCGGCACCUUUCGUGUCGUGGGCCUGAGCCCUGAAGAUGCGGACUUCUACACCAACUAUCCCGAGGAGAAGAGGAAGAGGGUCUUUCGCAAGAAGAUUGAUAUUCGCCUCGUUCCUAUGCUCGCCCUUUUGUACCUCUGCGCGCACAUCGACCGCGCCAAUAUCGGCAACGCCAAAAUCGAAGGCAUGGUCACAGACCUUAACAUGUCCGGGGUACAGUACAACACCGUUCUCUCAAUCUUCUUUAUCCCCUACGUCCUCCUCGAAGUGCCGUCCAACGUUCUCCUCAAGAAAUUCAAGCGCCCCUCCACCUACCUCGGGAUCCUUGUUCUAGGCUGGGGCGUGAUCAUGACCUGCACUGGGCUCGUCAAUAACUACAGCAGCCUGAUGGCCGUGCGCGUCCUCUUAGGUAUUUUUGAGGCGGGAUUCUUCCCUGGCGCCAUCUAUCUCUGCUCGUACUGGUACAUGCCGAAAGACCUCGCCUUGCGGAUCUCGUACUUCUACUGCGCGAGCGCGCUGAGCGGCGCAUUCUCAGGUUUACUGGCUGCCGCCAUUGCGAAGAUGGACGGCAUCGGCGGUUAUGAGGGAUGGAGGUGGAUCUUUAUCCUGGAGGGAUUAGCAACCGUUGUCCUUGGUGUGGCUUGCUUCUUUUUUCUUAUUGAUACGCCCGCUUUGUCGAAGCGCUGGCUGGAACCCGACGAGAUCCAGUAUCUGGAGCUCUCUAUGUUCAUUAAACAGGGUGGCCGCGUGGAGCAUGAGAGUGCCUUCAAAUGGAGGGAUCUGACGAUGGUUCUCACGAAUUGGCGGGUUUAUAUGCAGGCCUGGUUCUUGUUCGCGCAGUCGUCGCUUUCCUACGGGAUCAAAUUCACCCUUCCCACAAUUACGCAGAGCAUGGGAUUCAAUCGAACAAACGCCCAGCUGACCAGCGCACCUCCGUACGUGGCGGCCGCCAUCUCCGCCAUAAUCUUUGCCCGACUUUCCGACCACUUCUACUGGCGGAUGCCCUUUGUCAUAAUUCCAAUGACAAUCAUUAUAAUCGCAUACUCGGUCAUUAUCUCGCUGAAAGGAGAGCUGGCCUCGAACAAAGGUGUCGCCUAUUUCUCCGUCGUUCUGGCCGUCAUUGGCAUUUACCCCAUCCAAGCAGCGGCGGCGUCCUGGAACGCGAACAACAUUGCCCCUGCGGCUAGGCGAGCAAUCGGCAUUGCGCUCAUGAACUGCGUCGGCAAUAUCGGUGGGAUCCUUGGGAGUUUCAUGUAUCUGGAGCGCGAGAAGCCAAAGUAUUACACCGGCUUUGGGAUCAGUCUUGCCCUUGGAGUGACGGGGGUUAUCAUGGCGGUAUUGCUGGAGUGGAGUUAUAUAGUUGCGAAUAAGAGGAAGGAGAGGGAGGCAGACGAGGCGAGGACGAGGUAUACCGAGGAAGAGCUGUUUGAUAUGGGUGAUCGGUCGCCGUUGUUCAAGCAUGUUUUGUAA